GGGUCGACAAUUUUGCACAAUUUCUUCACCUUAAGAUCCAAUUCAUCUGCUCUAAAGAUGCAUUUAUGAAAAGACUUUGCUAUAGUUAUGAUAUAUAACAAAGGACUUUAUAUUUAAUAAAUUUAUCUAUUGAACUGAACUCAAAAUAGUAGGGUUAACUACUGUGUAAUCAAGCAGAACUAUUGACUACAAGUAAAACUAGGACUAGGAAGUAGUAAUAUAACGGACAAAAUGUCUGGCAAUUUUAGCAUCGAAAAAGCUGAUGAUAUAUUCGAACUCCCCGACAUGAUGACCGGGAUGAAAUUCUUGAAACAAUGGGGAAUACCAACAAAAGGUGUGAAAAAUACGAAAGCAGCACAAGACCUUCUUCUUGAACAUUGCAUAUUUAGAGAAGAUGUUGUACGAGAGACAAAAGAAAUGGUCACAAGUGGACUUAAAGAAGCUAUAGUCGAGAGUAAAAGGAACAGAGAUGGACUUAUCAAGAGUUGUGAGGAGAUGCUCAGUAUAUACAGACAGCUACCAACCAACCAUCAGUCAAGUCUGAACAAAGUAUUCCCUUCAUUAGAAAAAACAACAAAUCAGAAGAUAAAGGAGCUUAGAUCGAAUGAAUGUGCAGUUCUAGUAGCAGGAGAAUCAGUUGCAGGCAAAAGUAGUUUUAUAAACUUGCUGGUUGGUGUUGAUUUAUUGCCUACAAGUCAGCUGUCCUGUUCUGCAACUUUUUGUGAGCUACGGUACAGCAGUAGAAAAACUGCUGUGUGUUGUUCAAAAGAGGGAAAAAAGACAAAAAUAGACAUUAGUACCCCUGAGGGAAUAGAGGAAUUAAAACAACAUAUAUCAUACGUCACUGAUGACGUAGAUGACAAUGAAAAUGAGAAAGUAGAAAUUUAUUGGCCAUUUGAUAUUUUGGAAGAUGGAAUUGUGAUUAUUGACACGCCUGGAAUUGGAACCAGUAAAGAAAUGACAGAGAGAAUACAACAGUACUUAGAAAAUGCAUUUGGUUGUAUCUAUAUCAUCAACAGUGCAUCUGCAGGGGGUGUACAAAAAGGAAGGAUUAUGGAUUUCCUGAGAACGGUUAUGAAUUUAUCAGAGGAACAAUUUAAUCCUCAGACCACCAUAUUUGUAUGUAAUAAAUGGGAACAAGUUCCUUCCCGUGACAAAGAUGAAGUGAUGAAAAGUAACAAUUACAAAUUACGACAAUGCUAUCCAGAUUUUAGAACAGAUCAAGUAUAUUACCUAUCUACUGAAAGAGCAAAACAAGCUCUUCCUCAUGGACUAAUUCUUCAAGACCACAAAGCCAUCUUGAGGGGCAUAAAUAAAUUACUGCCAGCUAGUCUGGAAAAUAAACAUGAAGCAUAUUACAGAUGGCUUUCAACAGUUUUGAAAAGAACACAGUUUAUACUUAAGGUUUCAAAAUAUACACGGAGAGAAAAUAUUGAGAAUUUGAAAAUCCAAAUUCAAAAUAUUGAAAAGCAAAUGUACAAUCUACAACAGAAUGCAAAAGCAAGCAUACGAAAACUGCAGGAAGAAGUCCAAAACGAGGCUGACGGGCUACAUUAUAAAGUCAUAAAUCUUCUUUCAUCACAAGACUUCCUGCCGAAGAUCACACAGUGGGAACCAUCUCAAUGUCCACAGGCGGAUAAAAAAUGGAAGAAAGUGGCAGGUUCUGCCAGUGAAGUGAUUGCUCAGAGACUUACACAGGCCAUUAACGAUUGGGAAAGACGUAAUGGUAUCAAAGCAGGAAUCAAAGAUAAAAUAAUUGGUCGAUUCAAAAGAGAUUUUGAAUUAAUGGAAGACCAAAUAAACGACAUAGAAGGUAUGUUUCUUGGAGACGAAACACGAAUCCUUGCAGACUUACAGAAAACAAUAAGAGGACCGAGGAAUAAGAAGGAUAAAAUGAAAGGUAAAAGUGAUAAACAAAACAUGGUUGGAAUUGGAGGAGCAGUCGCAGUUCUUGGAACACUUGGUAAAGAAUCGAAGGAUGUUUUCAAGAAAUACAAAAGAGACAAUUGCCAUUUAAAGAUGGCAGAAGUUACCAAUUUGUACAUUCAAAAUAUUUUGAAAAGUAAAGAACUAAAAGACAACUUAUCCAGAUUUGUACAGCGAUACGCAAAAGGAAUAGACAAAAUUGCAGAACUUAUUCCGGAUUUUCUAGAAGCAGACAGACAGAUGCUUGCUUCUUUGAAAGUGGAAGCCGAGCAAACAAAAGCAGAUAGCAGUCCGGCUUGCUUACAGUCAUGUAUUGGUUUGCAGAGUAGUUUAGAUUUAUUCUACGUUGACGCUAUGAUGCAUGUGGACUAUCAAUUAUCCGAUAUAGAAUGUAAUUGGGACGAUAAAUUAGGUCAAGGAUCAUUUGCUGAGGUUUUCUUUGGAGUUUUGAAAUCAAACGAUGGAAGCAAACAUGACGUUGCCUUAAAAAGAAGCAGAGACAUUAUUGACAAAAAAUCAGUCACAGAUAUUCUCUUGGAAGAUAGAACAAUGAGAGAUGCUAAGCAUGAAAACUUUAUAGCAUAUCAUGGGAAUGCUCUGCAAAGAAUGAAAGGAGGGAAGACAUACUGGGUAAUGAUAAUGGAAUUCUGUGCUGGUAGUUUAAAAGAUGUUUUUGUAGACAAGUACUCCCAAUACAAAAUAGAAAAUCCGGCCAACUGCAGAACCAUUUCAGAGAAAGAAUCUGCGUUUAAAGAAAUGUCAGCAUUUUGUGUACAACUGUGCAAAGGUCUGGACUACUUACAUAGCAAGAAGCUGGUUCAUAGAGACCUUAAGCUAGAAAAUGUGUUGUUUACACAAAAGAAGAUAGUAAAGCUCACAGAUGUUGGUUUGACAAAACCAGAGAUAGACAUUUCUGGUACUAUGACUGGAUCCCCUGUGUAUAUGGCACCGGAAGUUUUGAUUCCUAAAGGUGUUUACAACAAAUCAGCUGACGUAUACAGUUUGGGGAUAAUGAUUUGGGAAAUGUGGUAUGGAAUUGAUGCAGCAGAUCACAUUGGACCAAGGAUUAUGAAAACAAUCGAAGCAGAUGUCACCAGAGCAGAGGAACCACUACGUCCAUUAUUGAAUAUUCAUCAGAAACCUGAUGAAAUGUGGAUCAAGUUAAUCGAACGUUGUUGGAGUCCCGAUCCAAGUAAACGACCGUCAGCUGAAGAUGUGUUGAAAUCUUUCAAAAAUGUUCUCAAAAUCAGAAGCGUGAAACGAGGACAAUCGAGUGUACAAAAAAAAAUGGCAAGCAGCUUUGUCAAACGGGCAAGUUAUCAUAUAACCAGCGAAGAGGAUAUAUCUAAAAUUCCAGAUGUCAAAACUGCAAUGAUGUUAUUGAAGUCCUGGGGACUGGACACAAAAGGACUUAGAACCAAAGACCAAGCUUUGCAGCGAAUAUUGGACCAUUGGAGAACAACUUCCGAUGAACAACAAAAACAAUCAGAUGAAAAGAUCAACCGAUAUGUCAACGAUUCGUCAGAGAAGUUAAAAUCAAAUAUUGAAAAACUGGUAGCAAAAUUUGAAAGCAUGAUAAGGUUUUAUAAACAGUUGUCGCUUACUCACCAGAAAAGUAUAUGUGAAUCAUAUAAGAAUAUUGAGGAAAUAGCUAGAAGUAAAAUACAUAAUCUGAAAAAUAGCCAAAGUGCACUUGUCAUUGCUGGAGAGCUCGGUUCAGGUCAGACAAGUUUUAUAAAUCUCUUGCUACAAUCAGAUAUUCUACCAGUCGAAGAAGAAGGAUGUACAAGGACUUACUGUGAACUGAAACAAGGGAGUGAACCAAAGGCAACAUUGUACAGCAAAGACCAAAGUUCUAUGGAAUCAAAGGUCACAGUACUUGAUAUGAAAGAACAAACUAGCAAAAAAACUCUGCAUGAUUUUAUAACUUCUGCAGAUGAGAUGAUCUUUCAUGAAAAAGUUACGAUAGAGUUUCCUUUCGAAUUUUUAGAGAGUGGUAUACAUGUAUUAGACAUUCCUGAUCAUAUUGACACUUCAAUACCUCUAGAAGAUGUUAUAUCAGACCUGCCACCAAAUGUUGUGUUUAUCUAUGUUUUAGAUAUUUCUAAACUUGAACAUAUUCAGACAGGAAAGGUUGAAGAUUUUAUUGAGCAUGUCAGUAGAACGUCUAAACAUGGUUUCUCGUAUGAAGACGUGAUGGUCGUCUGCAAUAAAUGUGAUGUCAUCCCUGAAGAACAACUAGAUGACGCUAAGAUAAAUGCAAGAGAUAAGAUUUUAAAGACUUGUCCUGAACUGAAAGACGGCCAGAUUGCAUUUCUGUCAGUGAAUGAGGAACAGCGUUUGGAACCAAGUGGUAUACAUAGUGAGGACUUCCAAGCAGUUUGUAAAGCUAUUCACAAUUCAUUCUUAAAAAAAAUGGAACAGUAUCUGAAAAAGGAAUACAGAUGGUUAUCGCAAGUACAAAAACGUGCCUUGUACAUUCUAAAAGUGAGCAAGCUUAACAGCAAUAAAACUCUUGAAGAGAGAAGAGAAAUGAUGGCACAAGUUGAGAUACGCAUUGAAAAACUUGAAAAAGAAUCUAGGUUGAUAAUUGGCAGACUCCAUGAGGAAAUUGACAUGGAAAUCGACAGGCUUUAUAGUAAACUGGUAGAUUAUCUAAAUUCAGCUGAUCUAAAAGCUGGUAUGACAGUCUGGUUAGAUGACCAGUGUCCAAAACCUGAUAGAAAAUGGAAGCAUUUAAAAUGUGCUGCCGAAAAUAGUAUUGUUGAAAAACUCCGAGAAAAACUGAAUGAAUGGGAAAAGUCAAGUACAAUCAAACUGAAAAUUCAGAAACAAAUAAUAAACAAAUUUAGCGAAGAAGUGGAACUUAUGGAAACCCAUAUGAAGAAAAUUGGAGCAAUGCUAGCAUGUGGGGACUCAACGGCUGUUGCGAAUUUGCAUCGAUCUUUCAAACAUGACAGUCCAGUUAAUCUGAGAAGCUCUCCUCCGUCAUCUACAGGAAAACCUCAGAAAGACAAAAAUAAACUUAGUGAUUUUGUCUGUAGUAUUGGCGGGUUUGACAAAACUGUAAAGAAAGAGAUCAAACCUAUUUUCAACAAGUAUAAAAAAGAAACACGUACACAUCAUAUGUUCAAAGCAACUGAUAUUUACCUAAGAUGCCUAAUAAAAAAUCCACAACUGAAAGAAAUGGUAGGUAAAUAUGUAAAACGAUUUUCAAAAGAUAUAAACAAAAUUGCCAAGAUGAUACCAGACUUGAUAGCAAUGGAUAAACGAUUGAUGUCGUCAUUAGAAUCUGAAGUCAUGGAGACAAAAGAGACUAUUCAUGUUAUUCCUGAAAAUCUACGCAGAUGUCUAGUCUUACAAGGUGAACUUGAUUUGUUCUAUGUCUACGAAAUGUGGCAAUUGGAUUACCGCCUUCGGGAAUUAGAAUGGAAUGAAAAGAGGAAAUUAGGAACCGGAAGUUUUGCAAAUGUUUAUCCUGGUCAUCUAAAUACAGAUGGACAGAGAGUUGAAGUUGCCAUUAAAAUGUUUAAAGACCCCCUGCAGACAAAUAACAUUUCAGAGCUGUUACUUGAAGAUGAAACUCUAAGGGAGUUGGAGCACGACAACAUUAUAAAGUAUUAUGGAGCUACAAUUCUACAAAAGGGAUCACCACAGAAGACAUAUUGGAUUAUGAUUAUGGCUAGUUGCAUCACGAACCUGAAAGAUAUUUACCUGGACAAGAAAUCUCCCCUGAAAGAAGACAUCCCCUGCAAGCAAACUAAAGGAACAAUGGACUACGAAAAGGCCAAAACUGCAAUGGUUCAUUAUGUGGUCCAGUUAUGUGAAGGUGUAUCCUAUCUACAUAGCAAGAAACUAGUUCACAGAGAUCUGAAAUUAGAAAAUAUUUUGGUAACUAAAAACAAAGAAAUAAAACUUACAGAUGUUGGUUUAACAAAACCAGAGGAGGACAUUUCUGGAACAUUCGUCGGUUCACCGGUUUAUAUGGCACCAGAAGUACACGAACAAAAAUCAAUUUACAACAGGAAAGCUGAUAUUUACAGUCUGGCAAUGGUGUUGUGGGAAAUGUGGUAUGGCGAAUCCAUUAAUGAUGAACUGGACGGAAAAGUCAGAGGCAGAUUGUCUGUUGAAAUAAGAAAAGGAACCCGUCCUAUGUUUAAAGAUGACCAAAAGCACACUAACCCACCGGAUGAGUGGAUAACAUUUAUAGAAAAAUGCUGGAGUGCAAAUCCGAAAUUCCGACCAAAAGCAAAACUUGUGGCAGAAUUUUUCAAAGAUUCGUCACUGAAAGCUGUGCAUUUUGUAUGAGUUUUAUGUGUUCUUUUAUCUCAGAUCUAUGCAUGUACAAAUGUCUAGUCUUCAAUAAAUGAUUUUAAGAUCA